CGAAUGUAAAGAACCGAGAUUCACACACACAACACGGUCAUCGAGAAAGCGGCAUGCGUGCACUAACGAAAACAAAAUAGUGAAAUCGGAGAUCUUUCGGUGACGCCUCUAAAUUCGAAAUUAAAACUCAGUGACAUGGAUUUUUAGCAUUUUCGAAAAUUUUCUAGUGACCAGUGUUGAAAUAAUUUUCUUGGAAGUCGGAAAAGUGUUAGAAGUAUUUCCACAGUUGAAGAAAUUGAGCUUAAUACUCCAAUAUAAAAUGUCCCAACCAGGUCAACACACCAUAGUAUAUUCAUCUACAUGUGUGGUUACUUCCAUAAGAUGGGAUCCCUCUUAUAUUCAAACACUUCCAGGGAUCAUCAAAAUAGUGCAAAUACUGAGCAGCUUCUUUGGAUUCAUUUGUAUAGAAGCCAGUGGUUUGGCUAGCCAUACAAGAGGAGGAUUCUUUAAUUUCGUAGCAUUGGUGGCCAUAUUUUUCACAGGAAUAUUGCUGAUCUUCUACCUGUUUCAUAUAAUUGAGAAAACUUUCAGAAUUCCAUGGUUAAUGGUUGAAUUUGCCUUCUGUGCUAUCUGGACAUUCGCUUUCUUUGCUGUAUCUAUUAUGGCGGCCACAUAUGGGUCUGACGCAUAUUUAUUUGCUGCGUUCUUUGGAUUUUGUUGUAUGGUGGCAUAUGGUAUAGAUGCCUUCCUCAAAUACUCAUCUUUGAAAAGAGGUGAAAUAGCGCAAGGAGAAAGAGUUCAAAAACAAACAACUGUUACAUAAGUGUACCGAAUAAAGCAAGUUUUUUUAUUAUGUACUUAAAAGAGAGUUGUAUUAUAAGCAUAUAUUUUAUUUUUAAUUUAUUCUUUAUACUUUAAAUUGUUGUUGAAACAUAUUAUCUCAUUUAUUUUUUUCAACCUUGAUAAUUUUAUGCACUUCAUUGAAUUAGGGAUUUUGGUUAUUAUAUUAUGUGAAAAAAUUUCUUUUACCACAAUUUUUUUAAAAUAUACAUACUAAGUGAAAAAUUGUCACAUUGCAAACAUAUUUUUUGUUUUCGAUUGGAGGAAAAUAUUGUAAGCUCUGUUGAAAAAGUACUUUUAUUUUCAUGAAUCGAAUAAGAGUAACUGAAAUGAUUUCAAAAUAAUUUUGUUAUUGACACUGAUCUAUUAGUUUCUAUAUGCAAAGAGGAUUAAUUAUUUCAGAUUGAAAUUUUUCUUUCAUUAUUAUUACUAUUUAUUCAUUCGUUCCAUCAACGAAUUAGUAGUUGUUAUCAACCAAAAAAAAGAUAUAUUGCACAAUACCUGUUAUUUCCAUAGAAUCUUUAAUGUCUAUAAUAGUUUAAUUGUAGAUAAUUCCAUACCAUAUUUCAGAAUAAAUUUUUUGUUUGA